CAUGCCUCGAGAUCACAGUUCGAUUCCAUCCUUAACACACUUUAGAGUUCAAUAUAGACUACAUCCACAAAAAGCUCGUUCCUUCACAUAGUUUGUCCAAGGUAUAACCCCGCACACACACACACACACACACACUCACACACACAGGCGCCAUAACAUCCUCGUUUACACCGCGUGCCAUCCAUAUCAAAAUUCUAAUAUUGAAAGGACGAUACCAGGGUGGAGAAAGUUAACCUGAAGAUCCCAAUAAGAUCCACACCGCCAGCAUGCAGAAGGGCGUCAAGGACAAGGAGAAUAGAACAAUGGCAACGGCACCAACGGAAUCCUACCACCAACAGCCGUCCAAACAGAACGAGGGCUUCCUUGGCAGUUUCCUUUCAAAGGGCCUGAAGACCAAUCAGCUGGUUGUGAACACGGAUGAGAAGACCCUGCGACCGGUUGCACGUCUAAAGGAACCGCGCGAUCUUUUCGCCCUGCCUAAGGACAAGGACAAUGACUGCUCACAGCAGGCCCCCAGAUGGCCGGUGGAGUGCCAGGUCAUCGAGGAGCGCAUCAAACACAUUCCGUACGUGCCCGCGACACCGGAGCCGCUUAAUGCUCCAACUGGCAACGAGCUGAAGCCACGUCCCGUCGGCGAGGAGAACGGCAUAGUUGUGUUCAGUUACAGUCCGAUCAGCGCCGUUAAUUACGAAAAGCCCAAGGCGAAGAAGGGGGAUGACGAGUCUAGCGAUGAAUCGGACUACUCCUCAGACUCUCACCAGGACUCCACGCCGCCCAGCCGGGCCACGCCCAUGCGACUGGCUGGAGGCGGCGGCGCCUGUGGACGCCUUAAGCUGAAUAGCAGCGUGUCCAAGAUGAUCAACAGCGUGGACAAUCGAUCGACGAGCGCCUCCCUGGACGACAACGAUGAUUACUACGAUGACGAUGAGUACGAUACCUCCGGCGGUGGAGGCGAGGCUCGGGAGAAGGCCAUCAUCAAGGAUCUCAUCGAGGCGAAGAAGAAGCGCUACCAGGAGGAGGCAGCCUCUCCGAAUGGCGGUGGUACAGCCCGAAAUUCGAGGGCACCCAGCAGGUCGGAGGCCAGCAAAGAUCCCAGCGGCGACAUCGAUGACAUCUGGAAGAACAAUACCAGCGAAUACAAGCCCGCCUCGCCACAUUACGUCCUCAGUCAGUUUGGGAAGAAGGUGGCCAAGGCCGUUAUCGAACGCUUCGUGGACCAUGACUCUGAUCCUGCACAGUCGAAUGGUGCUGGACCUCCCACAGGUCCCACCGGAUCGCAAAAGGUAUCCAGCGAAUUUGCCGUGACACCCUUUAUAUUGCCCAAAACGAAUUUGAACCGCUUGGAGGCGGCCUUCGAGCAGAAUGCCAUAGGUCCUCCAAGGACUAGAUCCACAUUGGUGGCUCCUCAGAGGCGAAGUGGGGGGGAAAUGGAUCGGGAAAUUGGAAUGAAAAUGGGCAAUGAGAACGAUGGUUCCGGGACAAGCAGCACCGACGAAACCAGUAGCUCCGGUUUUGACGAGGAGGAGGACCAGGACGACGAGGAGGACGAGGAGUCCGACCUAGACUCUGACUGUUCGGACGGUAUCGUUACAGUCCGCCUGUCUGGUGGCGCUGAGAAGCGAUCUUGUCCCGAGGGCUCGGCCAUAUCUAUUUCGGAUACGGAAACCCUGGUGGGGGACGAGGGCAACAGCCGAAUAGCAUCUGGUAAUCAGCAGCACCGCCCGCAGAACCAGAUACAGAUGGGCAAGAAGGGAGGAAAUUCUGCGAAACCCAGGCCCAACAGCCAUGCGGCCAUUGUGGCAGCGGCGGCAGCUUCAGCAGCUGCAUCAGCGGCGGCGAUGGCUAGAAGGCGGCACCGCGACCUAGAAGAUCAUAUAAGCAACCACGAAGAACAGGCCAGGGCAUUGGAAAUGAUGGGGAUGGGCAUGGGCAUGGGCUUAGACAUGGGAAUGGGAAUGGGCACUACUAGCACCAACUCCCCAAGCGGCGGUAACGUCUUCCGGCUGAGCAAGAAUCAGUACACGCUGCUGCAUCCAAUGGCCAGCCAGGAGACGACCACGUCGGCGAGUACCACAAAUUCGAUGAGUACUAACCAGGACACGAUCGCCUCGUCGCAAUCCUCUCUGUUCGAUUUAUCCCAAGCACAGUUCAGCCGAUCGGCGGUCGGUGGGGCCCGCUUUGUGACCAACUGCCAUCCAAUGAAUCCUGAUGAGUACGACGGCCUGGAGUUCGAAUCGCGCUUCGAGAGCGGCAACCUGGCCAAGGCGGUGCAGAUCACGCCCACCUACUACGAGCUCUACCUGCGUCCCGAUCUCUAUACCAGCCGCUCCAAGCAGUGGUUCUACUUCCGUGUUCGCCGCACCCGGCGCAAAAUGCUCUACCGCUUCUCGAUUGUCAAUCUGGUCAAGUCGGACAGCCUUUACAACGAUGGCAUGCAGCCGGUAAUGUACUCGACUCUGGGCGCCAAAGAGAAGAGCGAGGGCUGGCGGAGGUGCGGCGACAACAUCUGCUACUAUCGCAACGACGAUGAAAGUGCCAGCAACAGCGCCAACGAGGACGACGAGGACAACUCGACGUACACGCUGACCUUUACCAUUGAGUUCGAGCAUGACGACGACACCGUGUUCUUUGCCCACAGCUACCCAUACACGUACAGCGACCUGCAGGACUACCUCAUGGAGAUCCAGCGGCAUCCGGUCAAGUCCAAGUUCUGCAAGUUGCGCCUGCUUUGCCGCACGCUGGCGGGUAACAAUGUCUACUACCUGACGGUGACGGCGCCCUCCACCAACGAGGAGAACAUGCGGCGUAAAAAAUCAAUUGUGGUGUCUGCGAGAGUGCAUCCCAGUGAGACGCCGGCAUCGUGGAUGAUGAAGGGCCUGAUGGACUUCAUUACCGGUGAUACGACGGUGGCCAAGCGAUUGAGGCACAAGUUCAUUUUCAAGCUGGUGCCCAUGUUAAAUCCGGACGGCGUUAUUGUGGGCAACACCCGCAACUCGCUGACCGGCAAGGAUCUUAAUCGCCAGUAUCGCACGGUCAUCCGCGAGACAUAUCCAUCCAUUUGGUAUACCAAAGCCAUGAUUAGAAGACUGAUUGAGGAAUGCGGCGUGGCCAUGUACUGUGAUAUGCACGCUCACUCACGGAAGCACAAUAUAUUCAUAUAUGGCUGUGAGAACAAGCGGAAUCCGGAAAAGAAGCUCACUGAGCAGGUCUUUCCACUGAUGCUGCACAAGAACAGUGCGGAUAGGUUCUCCUUCGAGAGCUGCAAGUUUAAGAUCCAGCGAAGCAAGGAGGGAACCGGACGCAUUGUCGUCUGGAUGCUGGGCAUAACCAACAGCUAUACGAUCGAGGCCUCCUUUGGCGGCUCCUCCCUAGGAUCGCGCAAGGGAACGCACUUCAGCACGCAGGACUACGAGCACAUGGGACGAGCAUUUUGCGAGACACUAUUGGACUACUGCGAUGAGAAUCCAAACAAAGUAAAGCGGCACGCAAAGUUAUUUAAGCAAAUCAAAAAGAUAAGAAAACGCGAGAAACGCGAACAGAAAGCAUUGAAAUUACAGAAAAUGGCCGAUCAGAUUUUAAAUUUACUCAAACAACAGGACAGGCUACGUUCCAAAAUCAUCGAAAGACUGAUGCGAGAAGGCUCUAGUGCCGACGAGCCACUGAAUAUACCUCUGUCGGAUUACUCAAGCGACGAGGGCAACUGCAGCUCCAGUUCGGAUAAUGAGGGCAAGCACUCGAUAACGGCCUCCGAUCUGGAGGGACCUUGCUGUGCGCCCACCCGAGCACCGCCCAGUUCGCCGGAGGUGAUCCACGAGAUCCGCAAGUUCCGCAUGCGUCGCAUGCGCAAGGUAAUGCACGAGCUGGACAAGAUCUACUUCACGCCGCUCUUCCAACGCAAAUUCAAGACGCUGAUCAAGCUGAAACGAAGGCGCCACAAGUUGGGCGGCAAGGUGACGGCAUCUCCUGCCUCGAAUGCCAAGCGCCUGCGAGGCGGCCAGGUCAGUGAUGUGAACCCCACGGCAGCAGCAGCAGCAGCGGCAGCAGCAAAGUUGGAAGCUCCUUCCGCAGCCCCUACAGCUCAGCACCAGAAGCUGCUCAAGCAACACAAGCAGCUGGGAAAGAAAUCGGCAAAGCGCCUAAAAGGUGGCUUUGCCCGAAGUUCGGAGAGUACCGACAGUAUAACCUCCUCGCAGUCAGAGUCCUGUCGUGACCAGGAAGCCCCAUGCAAUGGGGUGCAAGCAAAGCGGAGGUUGGCCAAGGUUAGUGGCGGCGGUGGUGGGCCAAAGAAGGCGGGCAGUAAGAAAAAGAAGAAGUAUAUGCCCACGGAAAGAAAGAAGCCAGAAGUGAAUCUGAAGCCGCAGGUGAACCGGAACUUCCGCCUGUGGCUGGCCAACCGCUGUAUCUACAUCUAUCGCCGCAAGAAGUCCCAGCAGACGCGACGCACCAAGGUGAGGAGCAAGCAGCCAAAGAAGCGCGGCGAGGUGGUGCGCACCACUCUGGACCUGCCCACCACCGAUCCCGGCUCGGAUCUGCACUUCUCCACCGAUGACGAAGAGCACUCGCCCACGGCCGGCCAGAAUGGCUACGGAGCUGUGGCACCGCUCCGGCACACGCUACUUCAGAGUGAUCUGCAGCGGCGCUACAUCGAGGAGAUUGGGGACACUGUGGUCCAAAAGCCGAAACCGGCACACAUGCCUCCAGAAUUGAUAGUGACCACGCCCUCGAAGAGUGGAACACCUGGCGCUGGCGGCGUCAAGAAGAUGGAUGUCUACAAGCUGACGCCGCGCACCGCUCCAGAACUGGAUACAGGCAGAGGAGGAGGAGGCGGAGGUGGAGGCGGCCCCCCAAUGGGCAUGAUUCAGAGGCAAACCGGUGGAAUGGGGUCAGUGGGUGCAGCUGCCAGACGUACCUACUCCUGGCACAAUCUCGAUCAGCAGCAGGACAUACCCACGGGAAGUGCAGGCAAGGGUGGUGGCGGUGGGGGUAACUUCUACAUUGGCGAUCCCAAGCCAUCGAUGAAGGCGAUGCCCAAGCAGGUGGCCAGAAGGAGUGUUCCUCAUAACUUCAUACCCCAGCGACAUGGCGGAAAUGCGCCCACCGCGGAUGAUCUGCAGCUGAAGCUCUCCCUGAAGAAGAAGGUCUGGACGGGUGCCCAUGGCGGCGACGCAGACGGACGUCCCUUAUCCUGGUACAAGGGUCACUCAAUGGCCGGCACUCAGAUGUCCAACAACACCACAGCGUCGGCCAUACGCAGUGCAGGAGGAGGAGGAACAGUCGGUGGAAGCGGCCAGAGCCGAGCCAUGUUCCCAUCCAGCGGCGGGAGGGAACCGAUAGCAACAGCAGCCAAUAACGCUGCCCUGAACAUGGGCAUGCCCCCCGCCUUCGUGGGAGCUCCACGCAAGCCGAGGAAACUGGAGCAGGUUGAUUUGUUUAACGCCUGUUCCCAGAAGCUGAUUCUGUGGCAGCAGCAGCAGGAGGAGCCCAAGCGCUCCCACCCAGCACAACAGCAGCUGCCGCAGCGACUGAUGAAGGUGGAGGAUGCACCGCGGGACCGUGAUCGGGAACGGGAACGGGACCGAGAGCAGCAGCAGCGGGAGAUGAUGCGCGCCUUCAGGCCCAUGCAGAUGGCCAAAAAGACGGCAGCUGGCAUAGGACAGGGCAAGUCCAUGCAGCAGGGCCAGGUGUCCGAGGUCUCUGGCGGUGGCGGCGGCGGCAAGGUGAAGCGCAAGUCCAGCAGCAUGAUGAAGAUAGCGGAGACCACGCAGCUGGUGACUCGGUUCGCCCGCAAUCGUAGCAGUGCCGGGGGAUCAGCGGUGCAGCAACUGCAGCAGCAGCACCAACAGAUGCAGCAGCACCAUCACCACCACCACCAGCAGCACCAGAGGAUGAUGCUCAAAAGCCAGGGAGGAGCUGGAUCCAUGCCCGGGCGCAUGCACUCCGCCGGAGUCAUAGUCGGACGCGGACCGAACAAAUUCAAGACCGGCGGACUGGUGAUCACGGCGGUGCAGCAGCCGGCCAAGAUGCCAGGCGGCAGCAAUAGCUCCCGGCGCAUGCGCAACGCCGCCUCUGGAACUUUGCAGGCCAAGAGCAGCAGCUCCACGGGCGUGGUCAAUCAGCUGUCCGGAGGAGCGUUGCAGUUCCAGCGUAGCACCAACGGCGGCAGCGGCAUGCUGACCGCCAACAAGUCGCAGACGGGCAUCACCCUGGACACCGUCAAUCUGGUGCGCAAGGUGAAGACCAAGCUGAAGAAGCGCAAAUCCCGCACCCUGUCCACGGGGGCGGCGCCCAAGUAGAGUCACCAGAAAAUGCAUCCUACGGCCCACGAACCCCCCGAAUCGAUAACCCAUUUCCUUGGACUUUUCCGAAACAGUUCCCAAUGUUCGAAGGAAACCAAAAUUGCAGUCGAAGAGAAGAACCUUUCGCGUCGAGUUCAAGUUUGUUAAGCAAAACGCAAGAAACGAUAGGGAAAUAACUAGCAAAAUUAAUGAAAUAAUUCAUAUAUGUAUGUAUGUAUCCUGUAGUCUGUGUUUCCCCAAAUAAUCCCAAUUUCUGUACCUACACUUAAUCCCUAAAACAAUGUUGAAAAUCCAA